CUGUGUUCCGUUAGUUAUAUAUUCUUUGUCUGUGUUAUUACAGGUCGUAUAACAGUUUUUUAUUUUUAUUGUGAUAUUAAUAUAUUUGUGAAGCGUGUUUACCGUUGAAUCCUGUCACUAUCAAUUGUUUUACAAGUAUAAAGUUACUCAAUAAUAUUUGUAAUUUGGUUUCUGUACUUCUAACUUUGAGGUUAUGUCUCAGUCAACGGUUCGACCAGCUGGAAAAAGCUGGCGAGAAAUAAAUCAAGAAAGAAAAGCAUUGAAACGUCAUCGUAAUGAGGAGAAAAUUGUUAAACGUGAGAAGAGGCUGGCUUUGGAAAAAGAAACUGAGAUGAAGUGUAAAGAGGAAGCUGAGAGAGAAAAGAAAUACGCAGAAAUUUCUACAAUCAGUAUAGCUGUACCAGGGUCUAUAUUGGAGAAUGCACAGUCAGCUGAGUUGCGAACUUAUUUGGCUGGUCAGAUUGCUCGAGCUGCUUGUGUGUUCUGUGUGGAUGAAGUCAUUGUUUAUGAUGAUAUCGGUGAUAAAUUUGAUACAAAAAAGUCUAAAUUGGAGGACGUCGAUGGUGUUAAAGUAGCUCGUAAGAGUUGUGUGCAGUUGGCUCGCAUUUUACAAUAUCUGGAAUGCCCACAAUAUUUAAGAAAACACUUCUUCCCAUUACACAAGGAUUUGGAGUUUGCUGGUCUUUUAAAUCCUCUUGAUGCCCCACAUCAUUUACGUUUAUCAAAUGAUUUUAAAUUUAGAGAAGGAAUCACUAUGAACAAGAAGGUAAAACCAGGCAGAGGAUCACAAGUCAAUGUUGGACUACAUCAAGAUGUUUCUACUGACAAAUUAUUGAAUCCUGGUAUUAGAGUUACUGUUAGGAUGUUGCCAAUAUCUGAUGGAAGUAAGAAAAUCAAGGGCAAGAUAGUCAGCCUCACAACACCAAGAGCUGAGACCGGUGUUUACUGGGGUUACACGGUCAGAAUUGCAAAUAGCCUUGGACAAGUGUUUACACAAUCUCUAUAUAAAGAUGGAUAUGACCUUACUAUUGGUACUUCAGAUAAAGGAACUAAUAUAGAUGAUCUACCUUCUAAAGAAUUAAGGUAUAAUCAUGCUUUAGUGGUAUUUGGUGGUUUACAUGGUAUAGAAGCAGCUCUAGAAAGUGAUGAACAGUUGCAAGUAGAUGAAGCUCACUUACUUUUCAACCAUUAUGUCAAUGUACUACCAAAUCAAGGAUCAAGAACAAUCAGAACAGAAGAAGCUAUACUUGUUGCUCUCUCUGGUUUGAGAACUAAACUUAAAGCUAAUAAUGAACCUAUGGUUUUCAAUGAAUCUGGUAUUCCUUGCAGUUCAACAUUUCCAGUGUCAAAAGAUGAUAUUACUAAUAAUUCUAGCCAAAUAGAUUUAAGUAAAUUUGAUUAAAAGUUAUUUUUAAGAAAA